AUGACAGGAUGGGUUAGGCCAUUUCAAGUUACUGUUUUGAUGGGUGCGCCGGGAGCUGGUAAAACCACCUUAUUAGAUGUAUUGUAG